GGCAUUCAAACUCACCCGUUGCUGGCGGCAGGCACCGCCGUCCCGCGCAAAACAAUAAUAUUCAGCUGAACGCGGAGACGAAACAGACGGCGGCAGGUGCACGGUGCACACCGGCACGCCAUCCAUCACCAGCCGCAAGUCGUCGUCGCGUUGCAUUGUUAUUACUAUUUCUUUCUUCUCUCCACUGCACCACCACCAGCGCCCCGCCCCCAGAUCCCAGCGCGGCCAAUGGCGCUCGAGUCAACUCCAGGGCCACGAACACAACCUCCCCCGGUCGCGGUCGGCCAUGCCUCUGCCUCUGCCUCCGCCACGCAUCACGCCUCCCCGCCCGCCGAGCCAAUGCCAUGAGCGCGCCGCCGACCCACGGCCGCACCGAUGCCGACGCGUCUCCCCCUCGCCGCCGUCCUGCUCCUCUUCCUCCUCCUCCUCCUCGGCGCCGCCGCCCCGACCCCGGCGCGCGGCGGCAGGGUCGCCACGGAGCUCCUCGCCCCGGGCUUCACGGCGUCGUACCUGCUCUUCAUCGACACCUACGGCGCGUUCCUCGCGUCGCGGAGCGGCGCGUUCCACGCCGUGGUCUACAACCCGGGGCAGCAGCAGGAGCGGUUCUACCUCGCCGUGCUCCACGCGCCGUCCAAGACCUGCGUCUGGGUCGCCAACCGCGCCGCGCCCAUCACCGACCGCGCCGCCCCGCUGCAGCUCACGGCCAGCGGGAUCUCCGCCGAGGACCCCAACGGCACCACCAUCUGGUCCACGCCGCCGUUCGGGGAGCCAGUGGCUGCGCUCCGCCUCGACGACCACGGCAACCUCUCGCUGCUGGACGCGAGGAACGCCACGCUGUGGCAGUCCUUCGACCGGCCUACCGACUCGCUCCUGUCGUCGCAGCGGCUCCCCGCGGGGGCGUUCCUCGCGUCCGCCGCGUCGGGCUCCGACUUCUCCGAGGGGGCGUACCGGCUCGACGUGACGGCGGCCGACGCGGUGCUCACGUGGAUGGGCUCCAUGUACUGGCGGCUCUCGAACGACGCCAGCUCGACCGUGGAACGAAGCGGCACCGUCGCGUACAUGGCCGUCAACGGCACCGGGCUGUACCUGCUCGCGGCGGACGGCGGGGUCGUCAUCCAGCUCUCGUUGCCUGCAGCCGAGCUGCGAGUUGUUAGGCUAGGAUAUGACGGGAAGCUGCAGAUCCAGAGCUUCGCGUCGGCGAACUCGUCUAAGUCGCCGAUGGACGGUGGCUUCGUGGCGCCGAGCGAUGCGUGCGCUCUGCCCCUCUCCUGUGGCGCGCUCGGGCUCUGCACGCCCAAGGGCUGCACUUGCCCGCCCUUGUUCGCGGCGUCGCACGACGCUGGUUGCACGCCGUCUGACGGCUCCACCCCGCUGUCCGUCUCCUCAUGCGGCGGCGGCGGCGGCGGCAGCGGGAAUAACAGCUCGCCGGUCUCGUACCUCAGCUUUGGCAGUGGCGUCGCGUACUUCGCUAACAAGCUGGCGCCACCGACCGUGUCCGGCGGCAACGUUUCUUCAUGCCAGGCUCUCUGUACCAGCAACUGUUCCUGCCGCGGUUACUUCUACGACGACUCGUCCUUGUCCUGCUACUUGGUGAAGCACGAGCUCGGCUCCUUCAUGAACGCUGACUCCACCAAAGGCUCCGACAAGCUCGGCUACAUCAAGGUGCUGAGCUCGCAGCUAUCGAGACCAUCCAACAGUUCGUCCUCAAACAGCACCCUCAUUGCCAUCCUCCUCCCAACAAUCGUCGUGUUUGUGCUCAUCGUCGUCGUCAGCGCCACCGUGAUCAGGGCGUGGCGUAAGGAUGCGGGGCGUUCGUCGCGCUCCAGGGAUCAGCAGCUCCGGCGGCAGCGCUCGCCGUCGGAUUCAGCGCACCUGGUGCGGGAUAUUGACGAUCAGGACGACGACAUCGUCAUCCCUGGCCUCCCGACAAGGUUCACGCACGAAGAGAUCGAGGACAUGACCAACAGCUACCGCAUCAAGAUCGGCGCCGGCGGGUUCGGCGCCGUGUACAAGGGCGAACUCCCGAACGGCUCGCAGGUGGCCGUGAAGAAGAUCGAAGGCGUCGGGAUGCAGGGCAAGCGCGAGUUCUGCACCGAGAUCGCCGUCAUUGGCAACAUCCACCACAUCAACCUCGUCCGCCUCCGCGGCUUCUGCACCGAGGGCCAGCGCCGCCUCCUCGUGUACGAGUACAUGAACCGCGGCUCCCUCGACAGGUCGCUGUUCCGGCCGACCGGCCCUCUGCUGGAGUGGAAGGAGCGGAUGGACGUCGCCGUCGGGGCGGCGAGGGGGCUGGCGUACCUCCACUUCGGCUGCGACCAGAGGAUCAUCCACUGCGACGUCAAGCCGGAGAACAUCCUGCUCGCGGACGGCGGCCAGGUGAAGAUCGCCGACUUCGGGCUCGCGAAAUUCCUCACGCCGGAGCAGUCCGGCCUCUUCACGACGAUGAGGGGCACCCGCGGGUACCUCGCGCCGGAGUGGCUCAGCAACGCGGCCAUCACCGACCGCACCGACGUGUACAGCUUCGGAAUGGUGCUCCUGGAGCUGGUGCGCGGCCGCAAGAACCGCAGCGAGCACGUAAGCGACGGCGGCGGCGAGGCCUCCAAUUCCUCGAACGGGACAGCGGGCAGCUCGUCGCGCGGCGCGAAGAGCGACUAUUUCCCGCUCGCCGCCCUGGAGGGGCACGAGGCCGGGCAGUACGCGGAGCUGGCUGACUCUCGGCUACAGGGGCGGGUGGCCGCCGAGGAAGUGGAGAGGGUGGUGAAGGUGGCGCUGUGCUGCCUCCACGAGGACCCACACCUGCGGCCGAGCAUGGCGGUCGUGGUCGGCAUGCUGGAGGGCACCAUAGCGCUGUGGGAGCCAAAGGUGCAGUCGCUUGGGUUCCUCCGACUGUACGGCCGGGGGUUUUCUGGGCCAGCGGACGGCGGAGGUAGCGACAUGAAUCUGAAGCAUAUGGCGUCCCCCAUGGACCGGUCAGGGACGACGACGACGUCAACGACGAUGAGCGGGUGGCCGUCGUACCUGUCGUCAUCUCAGCUCUCCGGGCCGAGAUAGCGAAGAAUGGACACGGGAUACUUUCUAGCUUAGAGUGUACUCCGACGAAUCCAUUCUUGAUUUUGUUCUGGUGGUAGAACAAAGGAAUUUAUCUUUGUAUCUACGAGAUCCAAAUCACCACGAUUUUGUUGCAUUCCUUUUGGUGGAUUGGCUUUUCCAUUGGAAUGGAUGGUGGAGAAGCUGAAAUCCGUUGGGGGCUAAUUUGGUGACUAGGGAUCCUAGGGAUUCAUGGGGAGGAAUCCAUUUUCAAUUUAAUUUAAAUAGCAAGAGGAUUUUUUUCCCUGGGGAUCCC